GUUCCUGACCUAAAACCUCCACAGGUACCACACAGCCAGCAGAGAGGCCAGGCCGUUCCAAAGGGAGUUGGCAGAGUAGGGGCACAGGGGACGGGACACCCCCUCUGGAAGCCAGGGCGCUUCCAAGGGAGCGCGGCCACCCGGGGCGGGUCUGCACAGCCCCCGGCAGCCGCGGGGGCGCAGGGCUGCGGGGAGCAGCGGGGAGCCCCGCUGUGCCCUGACCCUGCUCACCCCCGCGCCCCGAUCCAGCCCGGCGCUCCAGGCCCGAGCGCCGCCCUCUCCCCUCACAGAACGGGAUCUGAGGCGGGCGCGCCCCGGCCAGCGGCGUCUCAGCGGGGCCGGCGGAGAGCGGCGGCAUCCGGCAGCCCCGCGGCCUGCGGGCCCUGCCCCCAGCACUGGGCCGCGUCUCCCGCGGGAGGCGGAGGGAGAGCAGCCGAGGGAGCCUCGCUGCUCCUUCCUCCUCCCCUUCCUCGCCGUCCCCCUCAGCCGCUCCGCAGGGCCGGGCCGUUGCGGGCGGUGCAGCAGCGCUGCCCCCGCCCCUCGGCGCUGGCGGCCGGGCCGAGCGGCGGCGGGGUCACGGCGGCGGCCGGGUCAGAGGGUAAAGGUUGCUCCCCCAGCAUCCUCCGUGCUGGAUACUCAGCCAUCUUGGAUUCGCGGGACAAGAAAAUUCAUGCGGUGACAAACAGCAUGUUUGGUGCUUCAAGGAAGAAGUUUGUAGAGGGGGUUGAUGGUGACUACCAUGAUGAGAACAUGUACUACAGCCAAUCAUCGAUGUUCCCACAUCGGUCAGAAAAAGAUAUGCUGGCAUCACCAUCAACAUCAGGUCAGCUGUCUCAGUUUGGGGCAAGUUUAUACGGGCAACAAAGUGCACUAGGCCUUCCAAUGAGGGGAAUGAGCAACAAUACCCCUCAGUUAAAUCGCAGCUUAUCACAAGGCACUCAGUUACCGAGCCACGUAACGCCAACAACAGGGGUACCAACAAUGUCACUUCACACGCCUCCAUCUCCGAGCAGGGGGAUAUUGCCUAUGAAUCCUAGGAAUAUGAUGAACCACUCCCAGGUUGGUCAGGGCAUUGGAAUUCCCAGCAGGACAAACAGCAUGAGCAGUUCAGGGUUAGGCAGCCCCAACAGAAGCUCUCCAAGCAUAAUAUGUAUGCCAAAGCAGCAACCCUCUCGACAACCUUUUACUGUGAACAGUAUGUCUGGAUUUGGGAUGAACAGGAAUCAGGCAUUUGGAAUGAAUAACUCCUUAUCAAGUAACAUUUUUAAUGGAACGGAUGGAAGUGAAAAUGUGACAGGACUGGACCUCUCAGAUUUUCCAGCACUAGCAGACAGAAACAGAAGGGAAGGAAGUGGCAAUCCAACUCCAUUAAUAAACCCUUUAGCUGGAAGGGCACCCUAUGUUGGAAUGGUAACAAAACCAGCAAGUGAGCAGUCCCAGGACUUUUCAAUACACAAUGAAGAUUUUCCAGCAUUACCAGGCUCCAGCUACAAAGAUCCAACAUCGAGUAAUGAUGACAAUAAAUCUAAUUUGAGUACAUCAGGCAAAACAUCAUCCAGCACAGAUGGGCCCAAGUUUCCUGGAGAUAAAAGUUCAACUACGCAAAACAACAACCAGCAGAAAAAAGGGAUCCAGGUGUUACCUGAUGGUCGGGUUACCAACAUUCCUCAAGGGAUGGUGACGGACCAGUUUGGAAUGAUUGGCUUGUUAACAUUCAUCAGGGCAGCAGAGACAGAUCCAGGAAUGGUACAUCUUGCGUUAGGAAGUGAUUUAACAACACUAGGUCUCAAUCUCAACUCUCCUGAAAAUCUUUAUCCCAAAUUUGCAUCCCCAUGGGCAUCAUCACCUUGUCGACCUCAAGACAUAGACUUCCAUGUUCCAUCUGAAUACUUAACUAACAUUCACAUUAGGGAUAAGCUGGCUGCAAUAAAACUUGGCCGAUAUGGAGAAGAUCUCCUGUUUUAUCUCUAUUACAUGAAUGGAGGAGAUGUAUUACAGCUAUUAGCAGCAGUAGAGCUAUUUAACCGGGAUUGGAGAUACCACAAAGAAGAACGAGUAUGGAUCACCAGGGCACCCGGCAUGGAGCCAACAAUGAAAACCAAUACGUACGAGAGGGGAACAUAUUACUUCUUUGACUGUCUUAACUGGAGGAAAGUAGCUAAGGAGUUCCACCUGGAAUAUGACAAAUUAGAAGAAAGGCCUCAUCUGCCAUCAACCUUCAACUACAACCCUGCUCAGCAAGCCUUCUAAAGACUUCCCUUUUCUUGGGGUAUGGCUGUCUCAGCACAAUACUCAACAUAACUGCAGAACUGAUGUGGCUCAGGCAUCCUGGUUUUAAUUCCUUGAGGAUCUGGCAAUUGGCUCAUGCGAAGGGUCACCAUUUGAGGUCCUGCCUUACUAAUUAUGUGCUGCCCAACAACUAAAUUUGUAAUUGUUUUUCUUUAGUUUGAGCAGGGUCUGAAUUUUUGUUUUUGUUUUCUUUUUUUGCCAGCAGACAAGCUUGGGUCUGUAAAGACAAGCGAGUACACUGACAAAAGUUUACCACUUAGUUUUCCAAAAUGUAAAAACAAAAAAAAAGAAAAAAGACAAAAAAUUAGACAACAAAAUUUGCAUUGUUCAUUGUAGCACUAUUGGUAAUAAAAAAUGUUUGUGCAUUUUUAUGUGAAGAUCCUUCUCGUAUUUCAUUUGGAAAGAUGAGCAAGGUUUGCUUCCUUCAUUUUACUUCCCCUUCUGUCUUUGAAAGGCAGUUUUCGCCAAGCUUAAUGCAAGAAUAUCUGACUGUUUAGAAGAAAGAUAUUGCCACAGUCUCUGGUUAGUUUCCAGAGUUGUGUAUUACUGAGCUUCAUCUUUCCAGAAUGAGCAAAACACUGUCCAGUCUUUGUUACGAUUUUGUAAUAAAUGUGUACAUUUUUUUUAAAUUUUUGGACAUCACAUGAAUAAAGGUAUGUAUGUACGAAUGUGUAUAUAUUAUAUAUAUGACAUCUAUUUUGGAAAAUGUUUGCCCUGCUGUACCUCAUUUUUAGGAGGUGUGCAUGGAUGCAAUAUAUGAAAACGGGACAUUCUGGAACUGCUGGUCAGGGGACUUCUUUGUCGCCCUGUGCACUAAAGGGCCAGAUUUUCAGCAGCCAAGGACAUCCAUACCCAAGUGAAUGUGAUGGGACUUAAAGAAGUGAACUGAGACAAUUCACUCUGGCUGUUUGAACAGCAGCGUUUCAUAGGAAGAGAAAAAAAAAAAGAUCAAUCUUGUAUUUUCUGACCACAUAAAGGCUUCUUCUCUUUGUAAUAAAGUAGAAAAGCUCUCCUCA